CCUCAGAGUCCUACUGCUGUUUGUUGGUUUCCAUGGCCACGCAGCCCCUCAGGGUAGGAGAGCAAGAAAAUGAAGCUUAAGAGCCUUUUGCUUCGCUAUUACCCACCAGGAAUUAUGCUGGAAUAUGAGAAAGGUGGAGAAUUAAAGACCAAAUCCAUAGAUUUACUUGAGCUCAGUCCUAGUACUGAUGUCAACACCCUAGUAGGAGAGAUCCAGGAAGCGGAGCCUCUGAUCACAGCGUCCCGGACGAAGCAAGUCAGACUCCUAGUGCAGAGGCUUCAGGAGAAACUCAGGCAGCAUUGCGACCACAACUUCUACCUGUUUAAGGUUCUCAGAGCACACAUAUUGCCAUUGACCAACGUGGCACUCAACAAAGCAGGCUCCUGCUUUAUCACAGGGAGCUACGAUCGGACAUGUAAGGUGUGGGACACGGCGUCUGGAGAGGAACUGCAUACCCUGGAGGGCCACAGGAAUGUGGUUUACGCCAUAGCCUUCAACAACCCUUACGGUGACAAAAUUGCCACGGGGUCUUUCGACAAGACCUGUAAACUCUGGAGUGCUGAGACGGGAAAGUGUUACCACACCUUCAGGGGCCACACAGCGGAAAUCGUAUGUUUAUCAUUCAACCCUCAAAGCACAGUGGUUGCUACUGGAAGUAUGGAUACGACCGCCAAGAUAUGGGACAUUCAGAAUGGAGAGGAAGUGGUCACCCUAGCCGGUCAUUUGGCAGAAAUCAUUUCCUUGUCAUUUGAUACCUCAGGAGACAGAAUCAUCACAGGGUCCUUUGACCAUACAGUUGUAGUAUGGGAUGCUGGUACUGGAAGGAAGGUGCACACUUUAAUUGGCCACUGUGCUGAGAUCAGUAGCGCCCUGUUCAAUUGGGAUUGCUCUCUAAUACUAACAGGCUCCAUGGACAAGACCUGCAUGUUGUGGGAUGCAACAAGUGGGAAAUGUGUAGCAACCUUAACAGGCCACGAUGAUGAGAUCCUAGACAGUUGCUUUGACUACACUGGGAAACUUAUUGCAACAGCUUCUGCUGAUGGAACAGCAAGAGUCUACAAUGCAACCACAAGAAAGUGCAUAACCAAACUGGAAGGCCACGAAGGGGAAAUCUCAAAGAUCUCUUUCAAUCCCCAAGGGAACCGGCUCCUGACAGGCAGCUCUGAUAAGACAGCCAGAAUCUGGGAUGUUCAGACUGGCCAGUGUCUCCAGGUCCUUGAGGGGCACACUGAUGAGAUAUUUUCAUGUGCUUUCAACUAUAGAGGGAAUAUAGUCAUUACAGCAAGGACAAUUCCUGCAGGAUAUGGCGUUGACCAAAGGGCUCUGCUUUGGAGCAGGGCUGUGGCAACAGUGAUCAAGAACUCGAACCUCCAGAGAACAAGUGAGCCUAUUUCCUCUGCCUCCUCUUUUCAUGCAACUUACCCACGGAACAGCCUGCCCUUCACCUCAUAGACAUGCCCAUGAAAGCCAAUGAGCCUUCAGCCAUGACCAUGAAAGCCAGUGAGCCUUCAUCAUUUCCUGACAUUAUCUAAAGGUUAUGGCAGGAGUAGGCAUAAUGUGUGGUAAAUGUCACUAAUUGUUUCCGUUGUGUUUUGUGUUUCAAUAGCACCAGGAUACUGACAAAUGAAGUCAGAGUGCCUUAACAGCACUUCUUCUAGAUUCUAGAAUCUUCUAGAUUGUACCUGGAGGCUGAUGUUACAGUUUCUCUUCAAUAAAGUUUUUAGACAAAA